GCGGGGCCUGGCGGGAGGCGGCGGCGGGCGGCGGCGGCCGGGCCGGGCCAUGGGGAAGGAGCAGGAGCUGCUGGAGGCCGCCCGCACCGGGAACCUGCCCGCCGUGGAGAAGCUGCUGUCGGGGAAGCGCCUCAGCUCCGGCUUCGGCGGCUCCGGGGGGGGCGGCGGAGGCGGCGGCGGCGGCUCCGGGGGGGGCGGCGGUGGCGGAGGCGGCGGGAGCGGCGGUGUGGGGCACCCGCUGUCCAGUCUCCUCAGCAUCUGGAGAGGGCCAAAUGUGAACUGCGUUGACAGUACUGGAUACACUCCACUGCACCAUGCUGCUUUGAAUGGUCAUAAGGAUGUCGUGGAAGUUCUGCUGAGGAACGACGCGCUAACCAAUGUAGCAGACUGUAAAGGCUGUUACCCUCUUCACCUGGCAGCUUGGAAAGGAGAUGCAGACAUAGUGAAGCUCCUCAUCCAUCAAGGACCUUCGCAUACUAAAGUGAAUGAGCAGAAUGCUCUUGAGAUCAAAGAACUCAAAAAGUACGGCCCCUUUGACCCAUAUAUCAAUGCCAAGAACAACGACAACGAGACGGCGCUGCACUGCGCCGCGCAGUACGGCCACACCGAGGUGGUGAAGGUCCUUCUGGAGGAGCUGACCGACCCCACCAUGCGCAACAACAAGUUUGAGACUCCUCUGGACCUGGCUGCGCUCUAUGGGAGGCUGGAAGUCGUGAAGAUGCUCUUGAACGCUCACCCUAAUCUUUUAAGCUGCAACACUAAGAAACAUACUCCUCUGCACUUGGCAGCUAGAAACGGUCACAAAACUGUAGUCCACGUCCUCCUGGAUGCUGGCAUGGAUAGCAACUAUCAGACUGAAAAAGGCAGUGCUUUGCACGAAGCUGCUUUGUUUGGCAAGACUGAUGUGGUACAAAUAUUGCUGGCUGCAGGUAUUGACGUGAACAUAAAGGAUAACAGAGGCCUGACAGCCCUGGAUAUUGUGAGGGAGCUUCCCUCUCAGAAAAGCCAACACAUAGCAGCUCUUAUCGAAGAUUACACGGUUGGGAAGAAGAGUGUCAAAGCUGCGGAGAAGACUGUUCAAGCACCGCUUGUUCCAGCCGCUGAUCCCGUGUGCCGGAUAUCUCAGGGUGAUGUGGAGAAAGCAGUUACGGAACUGAUCAUCGACUUUGAAGUCAACCCAGAAGAGGAGAGUCCAUAUGAAGCUUUAUACAAUGCCACGUCCUGCCACUCCCUGGACAGCCUUGCCAGCGGGAGAUCUUCAGAUCGAGAAUCGGUGAAUAAGGAAGCGGAAUCAACCGGUCUCAAAGCAGCAGGAGUCAGGCCUAGAGAACGUCCACCCCCGCCUGCCAAGCCACCGCCCGAUGAAGAGGAGGAGCAGCAUGUGGAGAAGAAGAUAGGCCAUGGUGCUUCCUGUGAGGCCCCUGUUGCACGAGGAAAGAGCAGGGGAAGUGGAGCUGAGGAAGAGGAACACCCUUACGAGCUGUUGCUUACAGCAGAAACGAAAAAGCCGGUGGCACUGGAUAGGAAAACAAAAGACCACAGGAGGAGCAGCGGCAGCCGCAGCCAGGACUCUGCCGACGGCCAGGACAUCCAGGUUCCAGAGCAGUUUUCAGGAUUGCUUCACGGUUCUUCCCCGAUCUGUGAGAUAAGCGAGGACCCUUUCAGGCUCGUUUCUUCCACGGAGAAAGGAGGCACGGAAGCUACAAGCCACCCACCUGCUAUGCAGCUGGAGGAUGCUGACUUCUCUGCCUCUGGAUCAGUACGGACCAGCUCUCCGGACCAAAACCAGAAAGUAGUCUACGCAACUGUCCAGCACACGCACAUCAACCGGGCGGAUCCUGAGACUGUAGUCACGCCCCACGUGCUACAGCACCCCGGUGGUGCUGAGGAAGAGGGGGACAGAGCUGUGGGCAGAGCCCACCCAGGGAGCAAGCCCAAAGCCGAGCUCAAACUCAGCCGCAGCUUGUCUAAAUCGGACUCCGAUCUUCUGACCUGCUCUCCAACAGAGGACGAUGCCAUGGGGAGCCGGAGCGAAUCGCUCUCCAACUGCAGCACUGGGAAGAAGAGGCUGGAGAAGUCCCCGUCCUUUGCUUCGGAGUGGGAUGAGAUUGAGAAAAUCAUGAGUUCCAUCGGCGAAGGCAUUGACUUUUCUCAGGAGCAGCAGAGGAUCUCAGGUUCGCGGAUGCUGGAGCAGAGCGUCGGGGAGUGGCUGGAGUCCAUUGGCCUGCAGCAAUACGAGAGUAAGCUGCUUUUGAACGGCUUUGACGAUGUCCGCUUCCUGGGCUGUAAUGUCAUGGAAGACCAGGACCUUCGGGACAUCGGGAUCGGUGACCCGCAGCACCGUCGGAAGCUCCUGCAGGCUGCUCGCUCCCUCCCGAAGUUGAAACCCCUGGGCUGUGAUGGGAACAGCCAGCCUUCGGUUCCCGCAUGGCUCGACUCUUUGGGGCUGCAGGAUUACAUUCAGUCCUUCCUCUCGAGUGGCUACAGCUCUAUUGACACUGUGAAAAACCUCUGGGAGCUCGAAAUAGUAAACGUGUUGAAAGUGAAUCUGCUGGGCCAUCGGAAGAGGAUCAUCGCCUCCCUGGCAGACAGGCCGUAUGAGGAGCCACCGGCAAAGCCCCCGCGGUUCUCGCAGCUAAGAUGCCAGGACUUGAUGUCCCAGACAUCGUCGCCCGUGAGCCAGAACGACUCCUGCACGGGCAGAUCUGCCGAUCUCCUGCUGCCCUCCGGGGACACCGGGAAGAGGCAACAUGACCGUGGCACCGAGGUUGCUCCUUACUCCAGAGCUGAGCGCUACAAAGCACAGGAGGACCGUCGGGAGUCAAAGCUGACCCUGCGCCCCCCCAGCCUGGCUGCCCCCUACGCCCCAGUCCAAAACUGGCAGCACCAGCCGGAGAAGCUCAUCUUCGAGUCCUGCGGGUACGAGGCCAACUACUUGGGCUCCAUGCUGAUCAAAGAUCUCCGAGGGACCGAGUCUACGCAGGACGCCUGUGCCAAGAUGAGGAAAUCCACGGAGCAUAUGAAGAAGAUCCCGACCAUAAUACUGUCCAUCACGUACAAAGGGGUGAAGUUCAUCGACGCUUCUAACAAGAAUGUCAUUGCUGAGCACGAGAUCCGCAACAUCUCCUGCGCUGCUCAGGACCCCGAGGAUCUCUGCACAUUUGCCUACAUCACCAAGGACCUGCAGACCAGCCACCACUACUGCCACGUCUUCAGCACCGUGGAUGUGAACCUGACGUACGAGAUCAUCCUCACGUUGGGGCAGGCGUUCGAGGUCGCCUACCAGCUGGCCCUCCAAGCCCAGAGAGCAAAGCCUCUCGGUGCUGGAGCAGGAGAAAUGAUUGAAACAAAAUCUUCCAAACCGGUGCCUAAACCGCGAGCCGGCAUGAGGAAAUCUGCAGUGCCGCUCCCUCCUGACACUCGCUGUUGUUACUGUCACACCUGUACAACACACCGCCCCUCCUACCUGCCGCUGCAGUCUGUUAGUCCCGGAGCUAAGCUGGAGCCCCCUGAAGUGGACCAAGAUUCCCAGUCUCAUGCCAGUGUCUCCUGGGUCGUGGACCCCAAACAGGACUCCAAGCGGACCCUCAGCACUAAGUAUGAGACCACUAUCUUCUAAAGCAAACACACCCCGUGUCCACCUAGUCUAACCGUGCCUUUGCGAUCUGAUCUGUCUGCUGUUCUAAACUCCCUCUUCCUCCGGCUGCUCGCACUGAGCCCCGUGUAGGCACUACGUCAGAGGCAGCAGCACUUAGGAGACUGUAGACUUACACGGCUUUUGUACCUGAUCACUACUGAACACUGUGAAUUCUCCUUACUCGGAAACAAGGGUAACAGGCUGUUAGAUACCUGUGAGGCGGGAGGUGCAGAGGGAUGCAGGCUGGGGGAAUCGGAGAUGUGGAUCCAGGAAGCCGCCUGCUGUUUUCACGUCUUUCCCCUCGCUCUGGCACUGUGAAUCCCUGGGGCGACGUGACACUCCCCAGGCCUUUUUUUUUUUUCUAUUUCACCUUCUUAUCCUUGGACUGAUGGAGACCUCUUGUCUCUGCGGUGCACGCACUCCCUCCUCCUAGAUCCUCUUCUUCCCGACUGAGCCACGGCUGCGUACUGUUCCAGUGAACUCACCCCUCUUCCUACCUGCCGUUCGAAUCGACACUAACCACUGUGAUGCUGUCUGCAAAUAACACGCGGUCACUAGAUUUCCUCACGGGGACCCUGGCCCACCGUCUCUCCCCUCGAAGCCUGGAGCGGAAAACCUGCUCCGAUGGGAGCGCUGCUUUGGGCUGGAUGUGAUCCUGCCCGCUGGGAGCUCUGUCCCCUCUCAGAGGGGAGGUGUGGGUUUGGUUGCAUGCGUUUCAGCCUCUUGUAGGAUGUUUCUCUCCCCGGAGUCCUUCUGUUUACACUCACCAAACUUCCCCAUGAGCUACAGGCGUAGUUCUCGCUUGGCAGAUUGCAAAGAGGUUAAGCUUGCAAAGGCACACGUUGGUAGCCCCGUGUUGGGAAGGUGUUUGCGAGGGGCUGGAUGCUGCGCUGGUAGAGGUCUGAUGAAGCAGACGGAGCUCUGUGGUGUUCAGCAGCCUUGCUGCAGUUGUACUUUUUUUGCCGAAGGGAGAAAUGUGAUUGAAAUCAGUCUGCUGCCAAGCUCAGAGCUUGUUUUCAACCGACAGACCAUUGCACGAUGAGGGCUAUAGGGAUCUUGAAACAUCUGUCGCCUCCCGUCCUUGAGAGAGAGGAUUUCACUUAGAGAUGGCCCCGCGUCAGUGGGCACCUCAGUCUUUUCUGACUGCUUCUCAAGUGCACGUGCUUUUCCUCUGGGAAAACGUCCCCAUUUCUGUGUAUCUCAGUCAGAGCAGCUUUGAAUCCCAGAAUAUGGCUGGGAAUCAUUUGCAUGAGAUGGCAGAGCACUUGUCACAGGUCAGAGCAGAGCUGGAACAGGUCUGGGAAGCAUGGACAGCCACUAUGAGCCGUCAGUGGCCCCACCCCUGGUUCCUUUGCUGAGAUGAAACUGCGGAGGAGGAUCUGAUGAUCAAACAGCGCCGGGAGGCAGCACUGCUGCCCUGCUGCUGCUUCUCCCGGACUUGCUGUGUGUCCAGGCAGUGUCAUCGCUCUUCACCUCAGUUUCCCCCUGUAUGGGAUGGGGACCUACUUACCUACCUCUUGGGGGUGUGAGGCUCGCUCCGUUUGCAGAGCGCUUUUAAGACCCUUUAGCGAAAGGCGCCACGACCUCCUCACCAUGGCAGCAGACCUCCGGCGCUCAGCCUCGCUCCCCGGGCAGGUGAAGGUCCUGACUCUCAGCAGAGCUGCGUUUUGGACCCCGACCAGCUCCUCGCGGCAGCGGCUGUCGCACCUUUCCCCGGAGAGGGCUGAGCAGAUGGGGCAGCGGGAGAGGGGCUGCACCGAACUCACUCGUGUGCACCUUGAUGUGCAUUUAGCGAAACCCCCUGGGCAGCCUGGUUUUGGAGAGCUGGGGGUGACUGUGGCUCUGUGCUGGAUGGCUGUGAAGAAAGGCAGGCGGCAGCUGCCUGCUCAGCUCUGCGUGACGUGUCUGGGUGGGCAUCUUAGAGUAAAUGGAGAAGAGGGUGCACAGGGAUCUCCAGUAAAGCUCUGUUUCCAAAUUAGCUUUUAGAAUUUACCCCAAAUCCCCCUUCACAAUCACCAGUUGGCAUCGCUGGGGAGAGGUCAGAAGAGCGGCCCUGUGUUAUUUAUUUGCAUGUGGUAUUAGGGGCUGAAAGCAGCUUGUCCAAGUUUUGAUGGGGCUUUAGAGCUGUUGCCUCAAAGUUUCCAUUCCCCCUGCCUUGCGGUGAAAUCCGAUGUUUCAAAAUCUUUAUUUAGCUCUUUCUCAGGAAUGAGUUUGAUCUCCCAAGUCAUUCGUGGCUUCAUGGCACUGUGUGGCAUACUGACUUCAAAAUAAGGGCUAGGCUGGUCAGAACCUGGGUGAGGGGACUGAAAGGGUUGUCUUGUCUUAAAGCAAAAAAAAAAAAAAUAUCAAACAACAAAGGAAAGCUCAGCCUAGUAGGAAUUUAUAUAUUUCAUAUGCUGUUGGAGCCCCUUAUCGCAGAGCCGGUGCUCCAGUCCCUGAAGACGCCCAGAGCAGAGGUCGCGCUGCAGUUGCGGUGCUGUGCCAUGCUGCCAGCCGAAGUGUGGCCGCGGAACGGUGCCGUGUCGGAGGCGCUCCGAGGGUUGGGGUGGGGUUGGGGUUGGAGUCAAUCAGCAUUUCCUGUAAGAGUGUCCAGGCCGUUCGGUAUCCCUCAAAGAGAAAUGGAGUCAGUGGUAGCGGUGGUAGUGAGCGCAGUUUCUACGUGUGUUUACCACGCGGUUGCCCACGCAUACACCUGACUUUAGAGGGGCUGAGCUGUUGCAUCUCCCCCUGCUUUCAGCCGGGGAGGGCGAGUUCCUCAGCAUCUCCUAAAAGCGGGUCACUGGAGCAUGUGCCUUUCAAAGGGUGACCAUCCAAACCCGGCUGGGAUCACAGGCAGCCCUGCCUAAACCACAACGCUUCCGCUGUGUGUCUGUAACCCUCACAGUUGUGUCUCAUCUGGCCUUACGCCUCCUGUUUCCCGGCUCUUGUUUUUGUAUGACUUGGAAAUCAUUCAUUCCAUUAUCUUCCUUUCUGUUUGCCUCUGCAAAGCUGAUCUCCGGGCAGCUGUCUCCUACCACGGAAAUGUAGUAACGGGGCAGAGACCUAAGAAGCAGUGGCCUGCUGACACGAAGAUCAUCUCCAUCCUGCACUGGUGUCUGCCUCGGAGUGGGUGCUUGGCUGCUCAGUGAGGGCUCCCAAAGCAGAGGGGGGAAAGGGAUCCUGCCCCCCCGCUGAGAAAAGCAGCUCUUCCCAUUUCUAGCAAAGGAAAGUUGAGACUUCCGAGGCCGAGAGCGAUGGCACCUUUUCUGGUUUGAGACAAAUGUCUUUUGACCCCUUUCUUUUUUUAACGUGCGAAAUGAUACCAAGCAAAUCCAGUUCACAGUUUAAAUGUAGCACUGCAGUUAUUUUGGUGAGGAAAAAAAAAAAAUAUAUAUAUAUCUCCGUAUUUACUGAGAAUCCUCGCAGUCUGGCAAGGAGUACAGUAGAAAGUCUUAGCAGUGGGAGUGGUGUGUGCAUCUCUUAACGGUACUUAAAUUUGCUUCAACUCUGGGUGAACAGUAGAGAACGCCAAAUUCUUGGAAAUAACUUCCUCCAGUGUGAGAAGCCUUGCAGGGUAAGUCCGCAUCCUUCGUUUUCCAAGCUACUCCACACUUUUCUAGCAAAUGGAAAUAACUUAAGGAAAAGAGUCUGCAAAGGAUCUUUCACCCCAGAGUGGUUGUGGCCAAGUAUGACUGAUGGUACAAAGCUUGCUUCCCCUACAGAGAACUGUUGCGUUGCAAUACUUGACAUUUCUAUGGCAAGGACACAAUUUCUUCCCAUUUACGCACUGAAUAUCUGGAGACAACUCCCUUCUCCAGCCUCUCGUGCACCUGUCUUGUUUUUAAAUGCAGUUAUGCCCUGAAGGGUUGGGUGGUUGUUCGUUUUGGUUUUUUUUUUUAAAAAAAAAAAAAUUAUAUUCAGUUGUCAUUUAGCACUUUUUUGAUACUAGCUCAUUAUUUAAUUAGUGCAGAAUUAGUUGCAGAAGAUUAACAAAUACGGAGUUAAAUUUGGGGCAUUACACUGAAACAGUCUGUACGCGAGGAUAAAUCAUAUCAACCUGAGGAUGGCUUGGCCCCCAUCUAGGUCCGGUAUCCCCAGAUACCACCUCAAAGGUGCUGUGGGCUGAUUUUUCUUUUGAAUUGCCAGAGUAUUUAACAGUAGUUUUGGCUGUGACUGAUGUGUUUUCACAGUCCUGUUCCCCUCAAGGGAGAGGUGUUAAAAUGGUUGUGAUUUUAAUUCUUCAGAUGCAGAAAUGUAGCGCAGCACGUUACAAUCUCGACAGGCGUUGUAAUGGUUGGGGCUGUGGUACCCUGCUGCUUUACUAGAGUGAUAUGCCCGAAAAAUUCCUGUUUAACUCCGGUUGCUGCUGUAUGUCCGGAUUUCAUUUAGUCUCUCCAGCCAGUGAGGCUGGGGGAGAAAUGAACCAUAAUCCCAAGGGCAUAGACCUGUAAAUGAUUAGGAGGGGGAAGCGGAGAUUUUUUUUUUUUUUUUAAGUUGAUGAAUUUAGGAAACCUAACAUUCCUUGUUAUGCAUAUGUUGCAAUUCAUACUGGUGUAAGUGUAAAUAUUUGGUGUGUCGGCAACAAGUCUUUUUGGAGAGAUUGCAAAUUGAACCUCUGCUUGGGAGGAGGGACACCUUUCUGUUCUUGAUGCAUGAGCUUUUUGAAGGUUGGCUUGGAGGUGACAUGGUGAUGAAGACUCCAAUCUUCAGGGGACUGGGCUUGGUGACCCUGGUGGUCCUUUCCAGUCCUGCGUGUAGUCCGAUGGUUGUCUUUAGUGAUCCAACAGUUCUUUAGCCAGAUACUCUUCUCUCUGCCUUCAUAGACAAAGCAGUUGUUUUGGCAGUGCAUCUCCCCUUUCAUUUCAGUGGGUUUUCCCAAGGUACUCCCGUGCUGGAGGCUGAUCCUGGACCGUGCCAGUCACCGACUCCCGGCCGUCUGUUAACCCAGCCAUUGCACAGUAUUCUGGCUCUUCCUCCCUACAGGGUUUCGUGGUAUCUGGAGGAAAGUGCUCAAAAUUUCUGGUGCUGAUUAUGACUUUGAAUCAAAAUGCAUCUGCUGUAUUACCUGCCCGGGAAAAGGUGGUGCUGCCCUGGGCCUUGUUGCCCUUUUUAAGGACAGAUUGUAUUUUACAGACUUUGGUUAGUGCAUGGCAUGAGUCCAGGCUGAGAACUCAAGAUAGGUAAACCAAGACGCAGAGUUGUUGUCUUUUUUAUAUAUAUAGGAGGGGAUGAUUUGUUUUUUCUCAAAUUGAAGCUGCUUUAUCCUUUUUAAUUUUGUAUUUACAACAAAACAAAACAAAACGCAACUCAUCUUUGCUGUCAGCUGUCUUUGAACUUGCUUUGGGAUUGUUCUUUUUAGAAGAAAUUAUGCAACUUUUGCGGGGUACGUGCCUGUCCCCCUCCCAGGGAGAAGACAGGGCACCUUCUAGGAUGUACCUCUAGUGAAAAUUUGUACCUUCACGAGGCUGCUGAGACACAGGCCAGAUGCCAAAUAGUCCCUCCGCACACACCCAGCCCUGUGUGCAGCUGAAGUGGAGGCAAGGACUUUAACGCUCCUUCCACCCCACUUCAGAAAUUUAUAGCAGCAGAAUUUCCCCUGGCUUUCCUCUGCUCACAUCAUCUCCAUGCAAAAAAUAUCUUUAUUUUAGAGCAAGCACGGUGUUUGCAACACUGUCUUGUUGCAAAAGGUCUCCCUUUUAGGUCUUAUAUUGGCAUUACUUACUGCAGUUUUAUUUCUUUUCUUUCUUUUUUUUUUUUUUUUUCCCAAAAGAAAGUAACUGUGCUGCUUUUGCAAAGUCAAUCUAGCUCAAACACUUUUCUUACCCAUGGAAGAAUAACCUGAGAUUCCCUAACAGGGCAGAGAACAGUCAAGUUCAGUUUGCAAUGUAGACAUUUUUGCUAAUUGUGAUGUAUGGCAGUGGGACUGAUUUGUAAUACAAAUGUUAUUUAAUCUGUCUGUAUUUUGAUACUUGAAUUUCCUUUUAUUUCCUGUAUAUACAAUUGUUAAUCUGUUCAAAAUUUGUCUGAAUUUUAAACAUCUUGUGGUACCAAACAUAACCAAUCUGUGCAACAACAUAGACUGACCUCACGACAACAAGGCGAGAUUGUAAAUAUUCCUGGGCUUCCAGCAGUCGUUUUGUUGUUUUCAUAAUUGUACAACUUAGAACAGACUGAAUUAAUAAACAAACUUAGACACACA